CACGUGGGUCCCUUGCACUACACCAUCACUUGAUGUUGAUACUCAUCAUUGUGACAACAAUAAAGUACUCGACCAGGUGAAUUCUCCUUCGAGAUCAAAGAGGUUUAUAUGUUUCCCCCAAGUUUUAGCAGGGGUCCUCUCAAAAUAUUGACGAGGUGGCUCAUAUUCCUUAGUGUCUUGAAACUCAGUUAUGCAAUCAAAGAUCCUGAUGUAGAAGGCGAAGCUCUGCUUGAUUUUUUGACGGACCUCAAUGAUUCCAAUAAACGAAUAACAGACUGGGAUAGUCAUUUAGUGAGUCCGUGCUUCAGUUGGUCUCAUGUCACUUGUAGAAACGGACAUGUCAUAUCUCUGACUCUGGCUUCGAUUGGAUUUUCUGGAACACUUUCUCCCUCAAUUGCCAAAUUGAAAUAUUUGGUUAGCUUGGAAUUGCAGAAUAACAAUCUUUCAGGCUCUUUACCUGAUUACAUUGCCAACUUGACAAACCUACAAUAUCUAAAUCUUGCUGACAAUAAUUUUGAUGGUUCUAUACCAGCUACAUGGGGUCAACUUUCCAGUCUAAAGCAUCUGGACCUUUCAUCUAAUGGUCUUACUGGAAGUAUCCCAAAGCAACUCCUUUCAGUUCCAUUGUUUAACUUUUCAGAUACGCACCUUCAUUGUGGCUCUAGCUUCGAGCAGCCUUGUGUUUCUAAAUCUGAACAUCCAGCUUCAACCAACAAAACAAAACUUGCAAAGGUUGUCCGUAUUGCAAGUUGUGGUGCACUUGCACUUUUGUGUCUUGGGGCUAUCUUUACAUGUAUACACCACCAAAUAAUAUACAGACACAGAAUGGAUGUCUUUGUUGAUGUUUUAGGGGUAGACGAGAGCAAAGUUUCUUUUGGGCAAUUGAGAAGAUUUUCUUGGCGUGAACUGCAACUUGCUACUAAAAAUUUCAGUGAAAGCAAUGUAAUUGGCCAGGGUGGAUUUGGAAAAGUGUACAAAGGAGUACUCUCAGAUAAUACAAAAGUUGCUGUGAAACGCCUCACUGAUUAUCCUAAUCCUGUUGGAGAGGCUGCAUUCGAGAGAGAAGUUCAAUUUAUAAGUGUUGCAGUUCAUAGAAACCUCCUAAGACUAAUUGGGUUCUGUACAACGUCAAAUGAAAGAAUCCUGGUAUAUCCUUUCAUGGAAAAUCUAAGCGUAGCAUAUCGAUUGAGAGAUUUAAAACCUGAUGAGAAAGGCUUGGACUGGCCAACAAGGAAACACAUCGCUUUUGGUACAGCCCAUGGUUUGGAGUAUCUACAUGAGCAAUGCAAUCCUAAGAUAAUACAUCGUGAUCUGAAGGCUGCAAAUAUCCUACUAGAUGAUGAGUUUGAAGCUGUUCUUGGCGAUUUUGGGCUAGCCAAGCUGGUUGAUGCAUGGAAGACUCAUGUUACCACUCAAGUGCGGGGCACAAUGGGUCAUAUUGCCCCAGAAUAUUUGUCCACUGGAAUAGCAACAGAAAAGACAGAUGUUUUUGGAUAUGGCAUAACACUUCUUGAACUAGUAACUGGUCAGCGUGCAAUAGACCUCUCUAGGCUUGAAGAGGAGGAGGAUGUUCUUCUGAUUGAUCAUGUAAAAAAGUUACAGAAAGAAAAUAGGCUGGAGGACAUUGUGGAUAGAAAUUUGGAGACUUAUGAUCCCAAAGAAGUUGAGACCAUUCUUCAGGUUGCAUUGCUUUGCACCCAAAGCUUUCCUGAGGAUCGUCCAACCAUGUCAGAAGUAGUAAAAAUGCUGCAGGGAGUGGGUUUGGCAGAUAGAUGGGCUUGCUGGAAGCAACUUGUAGAAGCUGGGACUCAAGAACAAGAAUUAGCAGUCAUGACUCACCAAUUUGUUUGGAAUGAUGAAUCUACAGUUGACCAAGAAGCUAUACAGCUUUCAAGAGCAAGAUAGGCAGAGAUGAGAGUCAAUUUUGAAAUGUGGUUGCUUGUUAUCAUAGAAUACAUAUAUAUACUUUACUAUUCUUAAAGAAAAGGGCUUAAGUGCCUUAAAAGUCUGUGUUAUUUAGCGUUGGAUAUACAAUGAAAAAGAAAGGAAUGAGAGGGUUUGGCACAGACAAUUUGUUGUAUUUGAAUAGAGGCGAAAAUUCUGGUUGCAAUAUGUGUAACAUAACUACAUGUACCUUUUGUAACCUUGGAUAAGUCUUCUUCUUGUAAU